UGCAGGUGUAUUCUAAUGAAUUCCAGAUGAAAGUAAAGCAACAGCAUUAAAGUAUAUGCAGUUUGACACGGAAGCGUCAAUUACUAAAGCUUGUCAAAGUAGCUCUGUCUCUGUGGACUGUGAUCGAAAUGAUAUUGCAACUGAGUUUUGACGUUUGUCUCAUGUCGGGCAUUUCUGGAAUUAUAGUUUUAUCGGAGCACAGUGUCAUUUUCUGUUUGUCCCUCUUCGCUUUUGUUAAAUCCGUCUUGGGUGAGAAUGUGCUGUACGGUUACGUUGAGAAAAGUUCACCUCCGGAAAGCGAAGUUGUGGGAGCUUUUGCAUCUGUCCGGGGAGUCUGUCCAGGUGUCCCGCUUGAGUCGGCUCUAACUCUUGAUUUGGAGGGUGACGCCGCCCCUUACUUUUCUUUACUAUACGAUGAAGAAAAAGGAGAGAUUUUUCUGAAAACUGCAAAGCCGUUAUACAGAGAGCCGCAGUCAGCUUACACUGUGAACGCUCGAGUUACUUCCAAGACCUGUAACCAGACCUUACUGGUAAACGUCAGAGUGCUCUCCAAAUAUGCAAGAACGCCUUUCUUUAUCGCAGACAGACUAACUGUAAAGGUGAAUGAGCUUCUCCCAAUUGGAUCGGAACUGGCCAGACUGAAGGCACGCGCCGGUCAAAAUGCAACUCUUGUUUAUUAUGCAUCACCUGAAAAUCCACUCCUCUUCGUCGUUCCGAAAACCGGCCAAAUUAUACUCGUUGGCUCCCUCUUAGAUUCAAAAUAUAUAAAUCUUACCGUAUUUGCCAAGUGCACUGGACAUCCUGAAUUGCAAAGCGACCCUGCCCUGAUCCAGAUUCACGUUGAAAAAUACAAUUCGAGUGAAAGAAUUCCCAAUAAAAGGCCGUCUAGAAUGGUGACUGACGACAUUUUCUAUACUGUAAAUAUUUCUGACGAUGCAAAAAUUGGCGAUGUCAUCUUCACAGUGCCGGGUCUCGAAUUUGCCAGAAUGACAAUUGAGGCGAUUUCUGAAGAUGACUGCCUGGUGCACAUCGAGAGAGACACCGGGAGAGUUUACUUGGCAAAGACGCUUAAAGGAAGCGCCGACGUUGUUGUAAAAGUGCACGAUUUGCAAGGAAAGAAGUGGCACUUUUGCCAUCUGAGUCUAAUAGCGCCUGGAAUGUCCAGCCUGGAAUGGACAAUGUACCCCUUCCCUUACUUGGCAGCCGUAUCCCUGAAUGCCACAAAAGGCACCACCAUUUAUCAUCUUUCUGUGCGGCAUCGGGGAAAUGGUGGAUUUACAGCAACAAUGGAAUAUUUUCUUAUUGAAGGUGGUAGUGGCUUGUUUGAAGUUGACAAAGUAACAGGGGAAAUAAGAACAACUGGGAAGACUCUUGUGCUCCACACUGAACAUGUCCUCACAGUACAAGCUGUUGAAGAACUGGGCAGGCAAGAUCACUAUGCAUCUGUCUCUAUCCUAGUUGGUUCCAGACCUCCACAGUUCACUAACUCAUCCUACACUGUGUUCAUUUCUGAAAAUACUGCUUCAGGGAAAGUAGUGGCAAUUGUGGAGGCAGUUUCAUUCCAAAAUCAGCCUUUGCUGUACUACCUGCUCACAAAUCCCAGUAGUCUAUUCAGCAUGAACCAGGAAACAGGAGAGCUAAGUGUGCUGCACAGUGUGGACUAUGAGAGUGAACAUCACUUAUAUCACCUUCUGAUACAAGCACAAGAACUGGGAACUAGCCUGAAUAGCGUCACAGAGCUUGUUUUGAACAUCAAUGAUGAAAAUGACUGCACUCCAGAGUUUCAGCACUCUAUCUACAGUCGGGACAACAUCCCUGAAACCGUUCCCUUAGGCACCUCUUUAUUAAACGUGUAUGCAAAAGAUUGUGACAGUGGGCCGAAUGCUGAAUUAUCUUACUUUAUCAACAACUUUGACUUUGACAUCACCAACCAAGGCGUUAUCAGCCCAAGGAAGCAGUUGAAUUAUGAGCGGCUCAACCAUAUGUAUGAAUUUGUAGUGAUGGCGACAGAUAAAGGAUACCCACCAAGAACUGGAACAGCCUCUGUUCGCAUCCAUAUGUCCAAUUGCAAUGAUGAAGCACCUGUGUUCUCACAAGCCAUCUACAAGACCUUCCUCUCAGAAGAUGCUGGUCCGGACUCCUUUGUAGCCAUUGUCCAUGCUAAAGAUCUUGAUGGAGAUUAUGUUUCAUAUGCAAUUGCUGAAGGCAAUGAUGAUGGGAACUUUGAGAUGGACAGUCAUAGAGGUAUCAUCAAACUGUGCAAAAAUCCCUCACCAAGACUACGAGGCCCCCAGUAUGUGCUAAACAUUUCUGCUAUGGAUGACAAUGCAUCUGGAGGACCACAGGCUUUAUUUAGCUUUGCCCAGGUCAUAGUGGGGAUCUAUGACAUAAAUAACAACAAACCAGAUUUCCAUAAGUGCUCGUCGUACAGUGAGAAUAUAUUAGUCCUGGAAAACCAGCCUCCGGGGACAUUUAUUUUACAGGUGGAGGCCCAUGAUCCUGACUUAGGCAUAAAUGGACAAGUCAAGUAUGGAAUUAUGUCUAGAGAUGGGAGUAAGUCUGGAUUUCUCAUUGAUCCAAAUACAGGAAUCAUCACUACUGCUUUAAGUUUUGAUCGAGAAAAGCAGAAAGAAUUCACUCUGUCAAUAACAGCUACUGAUUUGGCCCAAGAUCCUCUCACUGGUUUUUGUCAAAUAACCAUUAUGAUUGCUGAUGAAAAUGACAAUGACCCAAAGUUUGAGAACAACUACUACCAAUCUUUUCUCAGGGAAGAUACUCCUGUUGGAACAAGUUUUCUGCAUGCUGCAGCACAUGAUGAAGAUCUAUGGCUGAAUGCUGCCAUCACCUAUUCAUUUUCAAAUCAGCAACCUAAGUACUUCAAUAUUAGCCCUAACACAGGCUGGAUAUCUGUCAACUAUCCUAUUUCUCAGAUGUCACAAAUCACCUGCCAAAUUAUUGCUACAGAUGGAGGAAAUAGAAGCAGCACUGUGAAUCUUACUGUGACUAUUACCAGCAUCCACAAUCAGCCACCACAGUGGGAGAGUCAAGAAUACUGGGUAACUAUUCCAGAGAACAUCAUACGAGACACCAAAAUAUUGAAUUUUAGGGCUGUUUCAUAUCUAGGAGAUGGAGGUCCAGCAGUCACUUACAAUCUAGAGAAUGGUCAGGUUCCAGAGAGCAACAUGCAAGUGAGGUUUCACAUCAAAGCAAACCAGGAUGAUGGUUCAGCAUCUAUUUUUGUGGCCGAGCCCCUUGACUUUGAGACAACAAACUUCUACCGACUUCGCAUUAGGGCACAGACUGUGGCAGCAGUUCCACUAUCAUCUUUUGCAACUGUAUAUAUUACUAUUUCAGAUGUCAAUGAUAAUGUCCCCUUUUUUAUGUCUUCAAUAUUUGAGGCUGCAGUUUCAGAAGGCUCGAAAAUUGGUACAUCUAUAGCAAAAGUCUUCGCUAAAGAUCUAGACUCUGGACAACAUGGAAUGGUUAACUAUAAGAUUCUAAAGGAUGUGAAUAAAGAUUAUCUGUUGUUUGAUAUUGACAUAAAGACAGGAACCAUAUAUAUCACGGCCUCUCUUGAUAGAGAACAAAAAGAAACAUACCUAAUUGAACUUCAGUCUCAAGAUAACUCAGAAUCAUCUCGAACAGGACUGCAUGGAGAGCCUAACACAGACACAGCAUAUCUCAGAAUCUUUGUCACAGACGUUAAUGACAAUACCCCAGUUUUUCCUCAGUCUGUUUAUGAAGUUAGCCUGGGAGAAGAUGAAGAUGUUGGAUAUGUUGUCAUUACAGUUACAGCCAAUGAUGAAGAUGAAGGAGCAAAUGCCAAAAUAUGGUACCAUAUUACAUCUGGAAAUGUAAAUGAGACAUUUGGUGUAGAGCCUGACACUGGCAUCAUUUAUAUAACUCACUGUCUAAACUAUGAACAGGAGCAACGUUAUGAAUUAAAACUAGUUGCAUCUGAUGGAAAAUGGGAGGACCAGACUCUUGUCAUCGUUAAUGUUAUAAACCGAAAUGAUGAAGUGCCUGUUUUCAACCAGAAUGAAUAUCAUGGCUCUGUGGAGGAGGAAUUAAAUGUGCUUCCUGUUUUUGUGCUGCAAGUUUCGGCUAUUGACCCUGACUGGGAAGCAGACCAGAGUGCCUUGCGGUACUCAUUGCAUGGACAGGGUGCUAAUAGUGAGUUCACCAUUGAGGAGAUGACUGGAAGGAUUUAUGCUGAGAAGAAACUUGACAGAGAAAAACAUUCAGUUUGGCACUUUCUAGUUCUUGCUACUGAUGAGAAUGGGGAAGGACUAACAGGCUUUGCAGAUGUAAUUGUGGAAGUACAAGAUGUUAAUGACAACCCUCCAAGGUUCCUCUGUGCUACAAAUGGGUGCUUCAUUGGUUGUGUUCCAGAAAAUUCCCCAGCAGACACUUCUAUCAUGGAAAUGAUUGCCACUGAUGUAGAUGCCCGAGAAACUGGAAAAAAUUCUGUACUAAUUUAUAAGAUUAUUCAGAAUGUGCACAAUGACGUCAAUCUUAAUCUUUUCUCAAUACACCCAUCUACAGGCACUAUUUAUAAUGUAAGGAAAACUUUGGAUAGAGAACAAAAUGACAAAUAUUUUGUUAUAGUGGAAGCAAUGGAUGGUGGAGGCCUGACUGGGACAGGAACUGCUACUAUUUUGGUUUCAGAUAUCAAUGACCAUGCUCCCAUUUUCACUCAGACAUUCUAUAUAUCUUCCAUACCAGAAACUCUAGACAUUAACAGUAAAGUUCUGGUGAUUUCGGCUACAGAUUUGGAUAUGGGAGAAAAUGCGCUGAUGACCUUUAGCAUAGUAGCUGGGGAUGACGAUCAUAGGUUUUUUAUUGAGACUGAUAAGGCUAACAAAUGUGCAGUUAUUCGACUGAAAACCAAGGUUGACUUUGAAAAGCCUCAGGAUAGACAUUUUAACAUGACUGUCAAGGUAGAAGACAUGAAUUUCUUUAGUCUUGCUUACUGUGUUAUUCAUGUAGAAGAUUCCAAUGAUAACACUCCUGACUUCUUUCCACAGUUUUAUGAUAGUGGAACUCUUCCUGAAAAUGUUUCUAUAGGUACAGUUGUCACUCAGGUUACAGCAGUUGAUUUGGAUUUUGGAUCAAAUGGACAAUUUCUGUACAGUCUUGCUCCUGAGUCUGAUCCAUUUGAUCAAUUUCUAGUUAACAAUGAGGGUUGGAUAUUAGUGGGUGAUGCCUUAGACCAUGAAAAAUGUUCCCAUCAUCGGCUUAUGGUUUAUGCUACAGACAUGGGACAUCCCCCUCUGACUGGAAGUGCUGUAGUGCUGUUAACAGUGCAAGAUAUUAAUGAUAACGGACCUGAGUUUGAAAUGUCAUAUCAGCCUGUAGUGUGGGAAAAUGAUGCAGCUCCACAAGUCAUCCCUAUGAAUGACACCUCACUACUGCUACAUGCAAAAGACAGAGACACUGUUCUUAAUGGGCCACCAUUUACUUUUCAGUUUUUGAGUGAGAGUCAAGAAAAUCAAAGUGGUUUUAAUCUUACUGAUUUAAGAAAUGGCAGUGCCUAUAUAACCGCACUUCACACUUUUGACAGAGAGGAAAAGAAGAUAUAUUACUUGCCAAUUUUAAUUACUGAUAGUGGCCAUCCACCCAUGAGCUCCACCAAUACCUUAACAAUUAUUAUAGGAGAUCGGAAUGACCAUCCUCAUAAAGCAGGACACACAGAAUUUAUUGUUUAUACCUAUGAGGGUAUUCUACCAUCUACUCAUUUGGGGCAAGUGUAUUCCCCUGACCCUGAUGACUGGGAUAUAAAAAAUUACAGAUCUGAAGGAAAUCCUUAUAGGCUCUUUUUUCUAGAUGAAAACUCUGGAUUCCUUAGUACUGUAGAAGGAACCCCUACUGGAACAUAUAAUUUAAGAGUUAAAGUGACUGAUGGGUGUUGGCCUGAUGUAGUUUCUACUGUAAAAGUAGUCAUCCAAGAACUGCCAAAAGAGGCAAUACGUAAUGCUGGAUCCUUACGAAUUACCAAUACUACAGCAGAAGAAUUCAUCUCACUCCAAGAAGGAGAAAGCAAAUAUUCAAAAUUAAAGAAUUUACUUUCAGAAACCAUUCCUGCUGAAAUUGAUAACAUUCACCUCUUCAGCAUAACAGAUGUUAAGCAGCACUAUAGAGAGGUCAAUGUGUGGUUUGCUGCUCAUGGUUCCUCCUACUACACUGCUGAGAAACUCAAUGGCAACGUUGCAGCAAAUAAAGAAAAGCUGGAGACUGCCUUGAAUAUGCACAUUUCCCAUGUUGGAAUAGAUGAGUGCAAAAACCAUAAAUGCAUCCAUAAAGCUGGGUGUUCAAGCAACGUUUCUUUCAGUAACAAACUUACUAGAGUAAGAGCCAAAAACACUUCCCUUCUGUCUAUAACAGUUUUCAGCAAAGCCCAGUGCACAUGCUCAGCACGUGAGAGACACUACCUAUCCUGUUCUUUAUAUCCUAGCAAUCCCUGCCUGAAUGGUGGCACCUGCACUGACAGUGAUCUGGGCUAUAGGUGCACAUGUCAUCCUAUGUUUGAUGGGCCUGAUUGUGAGCAGAUGCACCACACAUUCAGAGGGCAUGGCUAUGCAUGGUUCGACCCCAUUAAACUUUGUUUUGACAGCCAUAUUUCACUAGAAUUCAUUACAGAAAAUGGUAAUGGACUUCUGCUUUACAAUGGACCUGUAGGUCUCCCUAAGCCAGGGGACAAGGAAGACUUCAUUGCUCUGGAGCUGAAGAAUGGGAUACCAGCUCUGAGCAUUAGUCAUGGCCGAGGAGCCCUAAAGCUCCAGCUUUCUUCUAAAAUAAAUGUAUCAGACCAUCGAUGGCACCGAAUUGACAUCAUUAGUGAUGGGAAGACCGUGGAGUUAAUCCUGGACCAGUGUUCUGGAGUAGCACUGAAUGAAGUGGAGGAGACUCGAAUUGACAUUCUACAACCUGACCUGAUUAUUUGCAAAGCAACAGGUGUAACACCAGGAAAAGGAAGGUUCCUCAAUGUGAAUCAGCCUCUUCAGCUUGGUGGAUUGAAGCAAUCUGUACUUUUUCAAAGAACUAUGUUACAAUUUAAAGGAUUCACUGGUUGCAUAGGAAAUCUGGUUGUGGACAACAAGGUUUAUGAUUUAGGUAGCCCCGUAGAGAGCAUGGGCAGUUCUCCAGGAUGUACCCUGACUGAUCCAAUGUGCCAGGCUGCAGGAGAACCAUUGUGUGGCUUGAAUGGAAGGUGCUUAGGGCAAUGGGAAUCAUUCAGUUGUGACUGUCAUCCUGGCUACUCUGGACACAAGUGUGAAAAGCGUCUACAGGAGUGGUCAUUUGAGAAGAACAGCCAGCUCUGGUAUAGUCUGCGAGGUGCUGACAAUCCUCACAAGACUCAGGUGCAACUUCUGGCACGGACGCGAUCCCCUUCAAGUACGCUGCUCCAUAUGGCAUCCUUGGAUAACUCUGAAUAUAUCACACUUGAGGUCAAUGAAGGACACUUUGGAAUUAGAGCAGGUUUUGGGGAUGGUGAAUAUUCUCUCAGUCUGCAGGUUGUGCGCAUUGAUAAUGGUCAGUGGGUCUUCCUUAGCAUGGACCGGUAUGACAGCAGGUUCACUUUGCAGUUGGAUCAAGGUGGAGGAAUGAGGCAAAUUUCUGCAACUCUUGGUAACAAGAGAAAGACCUACAUCGGCUCCUUUAAUGUGUUCAUUGGCAAUAGUCCUUUUCGGAAUAAGGAAACACACUUUGAAGGGUGUUUAAGGGAUAUCAGAAUAAAUGGCCACUCCCUUCCUCUUGAUGAACAAAACACUGAAUUUAUUACAGUUACUGACCGAAAGGCAGUGUUCAGUGGCUGUCAUUCUGACGCGUGCAGCACUAAGCCAUGUUAUAGCCCUUUACAGUGUGUGGACAUAUGGAGGCAUCACGAGUGCAGGUGCCCAACUGGUGAAAUAACACUUUCAGAUAAUGUUUCUGGUGUGCAGCACUGUGCCCCUUCACUAUGUAGCAAGUCACCUUGCCACAAUGGAGGCAUCUGCAUUAUGGACUCUCCUGGGACAUUCAUUUGUCAUUGCAUGGAUGGCUUUAAGGGACAAUGGUGUGAGAUAAGCCUGCUAAAGUCCAGCAAAAUAGCAGCACUUAGCCCUAGCUCUAUCCUGGCCAUCAGCAUGUGCCUUCUAAUCUUCAUAGCUGUAUUAGUUGCUGUUACAGUAUGGCACCAAAAGGGAACUACUAGAAGAUUUCGGAAGAAUGUGGUUUAUCACAUUCCUACAGAAAAUGAAAGUUGGGAGAAUAUUCGGGAAAAUGUCCUUAACUACAAUGAAGAGGGAGGAGGAGAACAGGAUCAGAAUACAUAUGACAUGGAAGAACUGAAAAGGACCCAAUGUUUAUAUUGGUCCCAGUCUUCACAUGGAACAACAGUACCCCUGCUAAAGUCCAAGCAAGCCUCUCAGGGAAAAGUUCACCUUAAAGCAAUAGAAGGUUAUAACAAGAAUGUCAGCACCACUUCAGCUUCUUCUUCUGAAUUCAAAAGUCAUGUUUCCAGAGUUAUAUGGGAAGCAGACAAUGACACUGAAACUUACCCAAUGGACACCCUGCACAUAUUUUGUUUGGAAGGCUUGGCAUCCUCUGUUGGAACUCUGAGCUCACUAGAAUCAGAGUUAGGAGAAAACAGCUUCAACUACAUCUAUAUAAAUGAAUGCGGUGUCAGAUUUGACAAGCUUAGGGACCUGUAUCAGCAAAAUCAGUUUAGCCUCACUCAGCUUGAGCAGCUGGAGAUGUAGAAUUUCAUUUAGUAUUACUAUGAAAACUGAUUAUGAAAAAGCAAUCUCACAUUCUAUUACAUUUUCUGAGUAUGUAUAUAAUAAGGUUUUAUGUAAUAUUUUUACAUGACAGAAAAU